AUGUUGCCCAUUUUCAGUGAAAUUUCUUACAUCAAUCAGCUCACUAAACCACAGCAGGCGCCCACUUCCUCCAUCCCUGGUAUCCAAGUUUGCAAAAGCUGUGCAGGAGCAGUUCUUCAUGCACAACAUUUCACAUUCCUUGAGUUCCAUACUUCUCUUAAAAUCUUCAGCUUUCAAGCAUCAAGAAAGUACAACUUCGAUCUUCAUGUUUUAGAGUCUAAAGCACAAGAUGCCGAGGAUAGACUCGAAACGGCUGCCUCUCAGGCUCAAAAGAUGGCUGACAUUGUUACAGAACAAUGGAUUCAAAUUCAGCGGCUUGGGCAGGCUCUUCACAUUACUCAAUUUCUUCUUGGUUGGACUGCCUUUCAUUCUUUGGAUAUUGCAUUUCUGUUAUAG